CUCUCCCUGAGUCUUAUUACACUUUGCACAGUCUUUAUUUCCUUCCUUUCAAUAAUAGAUUUUCGUUUGGACCGUCAAUAAAUAUCUACGACGACAUAGACCGGAGUGACCCACACUACUAUUUAGAUAAGAGCAAUCUGCUAUUCUACUAUCAACUUAACUUACCCCUCAUCUUUUUUCCCCUCUUUGCAUCUCUCGCCAUGACAGACAAUAACGCCACUUCCCCCUCAAUUGAGGUCAAGAACCUAUCCUUCCAGUUCCCCGAUGGUUCUGCCGGCUUGACCGAUGUCAAUCUCCAAGCCCCCGCCGGCAGUCGAACCCUACUUAUCGGGGCCAAUGGCGCGGGAAAAACCACCCUCCUCCGCCUCCUAGCAGGCAAACGUCUAGCUCCCACAGACACCAUCACCGUCGCAGGCAAAGACCCUUUCAAGGACGGUCUCGAAGGCGUAACCUACCUCGGCAUGGAAUGGGUUCUUAACAACAUCGUCCGCACCGACAUCGACGUCCCUACCCUCCUCGCCUCCGUCGGCGGCAAUGCAUACCCUGACCGUCGGGAUGAACUCGUCGACAUCCUCGACAUCGAUCUCAACUGGCGCAUGCACGCCGUCUCGGACGGCGAACGUCGUCGCGUUCAGCUAGCUAUGGGCCUCCUCCGGCCCUGGCAAGUCCUCCUCCUGGAUGAAAUCACCGUCGAUCUGGACCUCCUCUCUCGCGCCAAUUUCCUGGCCUUCCUUAAACGUGAGACCGAGAUCAGACCCUGCACUAUCGUUUAUGCGACCCAUAUCUUGGAUAACUUGUCGCUGUGGCCUACUCACCUUGUCCAUAUGCAUUUGGGAAGCGUGCGUCAGUGGGGUCCCAUUGAGAAGUUCCGCGAGGAGGUUAAGGAGUCUUCAGAGAAUAGUCAGCUUGGUGUGCUCGUGCUGAAGUGGCUCAAGGAGGACUUGCAAUCUAGGGGACCGAGAAAUGGGUCUACUAGUCAGGCUAAGACUUACCCGACGCUGGAAGGUUUGGGCGGGUAUGGCUUGGAAAAGCGACCUGCUGCGUGAUGACAUGCAAGUGCGCCUUUUCAUUUGUUUCAUCUGCUCUUCUUAUAUUCUUUCUUUGGCAUCGUUCAACAUGGUUGGUUCAACAGCCACUAAUCACUGGAUAUGCAUAGCAGGGGUUCGGAGCAUCAUUCAACUAUUUGUGUCUCUAGAUGGAUUUUCUAGACUCGGGAGGGAUAUAUUCAACAUUUCAGGAGUCUGGGCUUUCAACAUUACGCAAGACUUCAACCCAUGGUAAUUUCUUCUUUUCUUGCUCAUUUAGUUUUUGGUUCUGUACAU